AUGGAUUCUGCAGUUAACGUGUCUAGAUGGACACCAAGUCCAAGCCCCACUAGAUCCCUUCUGAAAGAGCCUGCGACAAAAACAAACGUUGUAGCAGCUACUCAAACGAAAGAAAGUGUUGAAGACUUGGAGUUGCAAAGCAUAGUUUCUGAGGAAGAUGGCAAGUCUUCAAGGAUGGACACAAUGUUCCCAUUUAGCACUGGCUCUACAACAGGUCUUGACCCACCUCCUUAUCCAGGUACCUAUGAAGCAUCAUCUACAAGGAUAGAGAUGGAGACAGUUGGGGCACUACUAAAGGAAGGCAAGAACCAUGAUGAUGAAGGUUUGACAUCAAAUAGAAAUGGCAAUGGCGUUCUCUUGACGUGGAUAGAUUUGUGGGUUACAGUGCCUGAUGGCAAAAACGGAGGCCGGCCUAUCCUGCAAGGGCUAACUGGCUAUGCUGAGGCAGGGGACGUUUUGGCUAUCUUGGGUCCUUCAGGGAGUGGCAAGUCAACUCUUCUCGAUGCAUUGGCAGGUAGCUUCCCAACUGCUAUUUGGUGUUGA